CCAAGUUUAACAGAUGAAACAGUAUGAAGAUUGCAGAAGUUGUCCAGGAGGAAAUGUUGGCCAAUGAAAAUGAGACACAGAUGGGAGGAAGACACCUCAACAGUACUUUCCUCCCUUACUACCAGCAUUCCCCGGCUGUUGCCGCCAUUUUCAUUAUUGCUUACCUAAUUGUCUUUCUCUCAUGCAUGGCUGGAAAUUCUUUGGUGUGCUUGGUGGUGAUGAAGAACCAACGCAUGCGCACUGUCACCAACCUCUUCAUCUUCAACCUGGCUAUCAGUGACCUGCUGGUGGGCAUCUUCUGUGUGCCAACCACUCUGAUGGAUAACCUGAUCACAGGGUGGCCUUUUAACCAGAUUGUCUGUACCAUGAGCGGCCUCGUCCAAGGGAUGUCUGUUUCGGCUUCAGUAUUCACCCUUGUGGCUAUAGCCAUGGACAGAUUCCACUGCAUUGUCCUGCCCUUCCGGGAGAGGCUCAGUGUUUUCAAGGCGGUGGUUAUCAUUGUCAUGAUGUGGCUUCUAGCCAUCGCUAUCAUGUGCCCAUCUGCCAUCGUGCUCACUGUCACCCGCAUGGAAGACCAUUACAUGGUGCUAAGUGAUGGGAAGAACAGCACCUAUCCACUGUACACGUGCUAUGAAGCCUGGGCAGACAACAGCAUGAGGAAGCUCUACACCACUAUUCUCUUCACUCACAUUUACCUGGUGCCUUUAACACUUAUCAUAUUCAUGUACGGAAGGGUCUGCCUGAAACUCUGCAGCUCCACAGCACCCAUCUCUGAAAACCUGCCUUGCACUGGUAGAGCCAAUGGCACUUCUAAAAAACGCAUCAAGGUCAUCAAGAUGUUGAUCCUGGUUGCUCUCCUCUUCAUGAUUUCCUGGUUACCCUUGUGGACCCUGAUGCUCUUGGUAGACUACACCAACUUGGCCGACGAACAUCUAGACUUGUUGACCAGCUACUUCUUCCCUUUUGCUCACUGGCUGGCUUUCUCCAACAGCAGCAUCAACCCCAUCAUCUAUGGAUACUACAAUGAGAACUUUCGAAGGGGCUUUCAGGCAGCCUUCAAGUUUCAGUUUUGCUCUUGCGAAAUGGAGCAUCAAGAGACUUACUCUGAGGAAUCGCGGGGGCCCACCAGCUUUGGGAUGUGCAACAAAGUCUUUGUGGAGGCAACUUCUUCUAAUUCUUCGUCCUCACAGCCAAUUCAGAACACUGCCCCUCUCUUCUCUAGGAUUAUCCAACCCAAGUGUCCAGGUCUUGGCUUGGAAGACAUUGAUAAAAUAAUGACCUGCCAUGGAGUUAACCAGGCUUGGGAGAAGACGGAGACAUAA